AUGAAGAAAAAACUUAAGAUUGAGAAGGAAAGAGUCAUGAUUGAGAGGAAAAAUUUUGAGAUGCAAUAUAUGUUAGAGGAGGAGAGAAUCAUGAUGAAAGAUACAAGUGCCUUGACCGGAGCACAAAAGGCUUUUUAUGAACAACUCCAAGAGGAAAUCAUGGUUGCAUCCAUGAAUCACUCUUUGUUUUGCAAGUUGCUUCUUAAUGACUCAGAUGAGGAUGAGAUAAUCAAAGAACUUGUUAUGGAAACAUCACAACCUAAACGUCAUCGCUAUAUCCAACGUAAUCAUUUGGCAGGCCAUGAGAGGCUUUUUCUUGACUCUUUUGCUCCCACACCAAUAUAUCCACCCUCUUUAUUUCAUAGGAGAUUUCGGAUGAAGCGUUCUCUUUUUCUCCGUAUUCAAUCUAAGGUAGAAGCUCAUGAUUCUUACUUUGUCCAAAAAAGAAAUAAUGCCAACAAACUUGGUUUAUCUUCAUUACAAAAUAUUACUGCUGCAUUUAGAAUGCUUGUGUAUGGAGUAUUGGGUGAUUUGAUGGAUGAAUAUGUGCAGAUUAGAGAAACUACUACAUUAGAAAGUUUGAAAAAAUUUGUUACUGCGAUAAUUAAUGUUUUCUCUAAGGAAUACUUGAGAAAGCCAAACAAUGAAGACAUCGCUAGACUAUUAGCUCAUGGUGAACACCAAGGUUUUCUAGGUCGUGCUCCUGCAAUACAUUACUCAAUCAAUGGUCAUGACUACACAAUGGGAUAUUACCUUGCUAAUGGCAUAUAUCCAAAGUGGGCAACAUUUGUGAAAACAAUCCCAUCUCCACAAGGACAAAAGCAAAAAUUAUUUGCAGCAGCCCAAGAGGCGUAUAGGAAGGAUGUUGAGCAUGCAUUUGGAGUGCUUCAAGCACGUUUCACAAUUCGCAAUUAUGAGCGGGAUGAUGAUGAAGUGGUAGACUUGGAUUAUGAACAAAUUGAUGGAGUGGAUAAUCCUCCUAUGUAA